AUCAGUGAAUGCUCUUCCGCUCCAUCAUCCAUAAAUGGUGGGACAGCGGCAGCUUGCUGCAAUGGGCUGUUGAUGCGGCAGAUUGCCUUGUCUUUCUCGGUCGUCCAGUCGAUUGCAUCCUAAGACGGCGCCACCUCGUGUGCUGCAUCUAUGUCGAAAAGGAAGGUGGUCGAAGGCGCCCGGCCAAACCUGGGCGUCGAGCAGGACUUUCCCCGGGGUGGUGCGGGGCCCCUUUCUUCGGUGGAGGUUCUACAGGCACGCCAGGAAGCAGAAGAUGAGGUCAGGGGCGGCAUCAUUGUCCCAGCUGCUAAAAAGCAAAAGAAGGAGAAAGGGGCAGGCAAGAAGAAGGGAUUGAUUGGUGAAGAGGCGGACGGAGAAGCGGAGUUGCUUCAGGGAGGAGUCAAGGGGAAGCUGCCGAAGUUUGUGGAGCUGCUCAAGUUCAAAACACUUAGUCCAGGGCUGCGCAUCUGGGGCUCGGUCGCUGAGGUCAGCAACAAGGACCUCGUGAUCAGCCUGCCCAAUGGUCUGCGUGGUUUUGUGAACCCGACGGAGGCUUCAGAUGUUCUGGCGGACAUGCUCAAGUCGUCUGGAGACACCGGCGAGAAGAAGUCCAAGAAGAAGAAGAAGGGUGCUGUGCAGGACAAAGGGGAGGAGGAGGAACUAGACGAGGACAAAGACAUUCCCCUGCUGACCGAGAUCUUCACUGAGGGCCAGCUCGUCGGUUGCACCGUCAAAGGCCUUGGGUCUGGUUCUGGCAAGCAUGGCGGAAAGGCGGACAGCAAACGAGUAGAACUUUCCCUGCGCACCUCUCUCCUCAAUGAAGGCCUAACCAUCGAUUCGAUCCAUGAGGGGAUGGCCCUAACCGCCUGUGUCAAGAGCGUGGAAGACCACGGGUUUGUGCUGACCUUCGGGGUUCCGGCGCUCUCGGGGUUUCUGCUGAAAAGGGACUUGAGCGAAGGGGCGGCGCUCAGGAAGGGGCAACUCAUUCAGUGUGUAGCAGGCUCUAUCGACAAGCAGCGCAAGACAGUCGGCGUCAAGACGGACCCAAAACUCGUCACGGCCGCCACAGUCCAGGAGCACGACGGGCUAACCCUCGAGACCCUCCGGCCGGGCGCACUCGUGAGCGCCAAAGUGCGCGCGAUCCUUCCCGACGGUCUGCUCCUCUCCUUUCUCACGUACUUCACGGGAACGGUAGACCGUUUCCACUUGGACGAAGACUUGCCGGCCGCGGACUGGGCUGGAAAGUACAGUGAGAACCAACGGCUGAAAGCGCGGGUGCUGUUUGUGGACCCGGGGACGAAGAGGGUUGGGCUGACGCUGAAGCAGGCGCUUGUGGCGGGGCGGACUCCCGAACAGACAACGGCCGUCGGCGACCUGUUCGACGCCGCCGUCAUCCGCCGCGUCGACCCGUCCGUCGGCCUUCUCCUCGAGCUGCCGACAACACCCCGGCCCGCCGCGGGCUUCGCCCACAUCAGCAACGUCUCGGACGACCAUAUCGAGAAGCUCGAGAAGAAGUUCCGCCCCGGUCAGAAAGCGCGCGCGCGCGUGGUGGGUCACUGGGGGCUCGAGGGCCUCUCGACGGUCAGCCUGAAGCCGUCAGUGGUCGAGCAGAAGCUGCUGACGUACGCUGACGUCAUCCCGGGGGCGGAGGUGCGCGGCACGGUUGUCGCGGUGGAGGAGUGGGGCGCGCGGCUCGCGCUGUCGGAGAGCAUCCGGGCGAUUUGCCCGCUCGCGCACAUGUCGGAGGUGGCGCUCUCCAAGCCCAGCCCCAAGUUCCAGGUGGGCGCUCGGCUCAAGUGCCGCGUCUUGAGCGUAGACGCCAAGGAGAAGAAGGUGGCGGUGACGUACAAGAAGGGCCUCGUAGCCUCCAAGCUGGUCCCGCUCACGAGCUACGCGCAGGCGGUGGAGGGCCUCGUCACGCACGGCGUCGUCACGGGCAUCCAGGACUACGGCUGCUUCGUGCAGUUCUACAACGGCGUCAAGGGCCUCGCGCACAGAUCUGAGCUCGGCAUCCCACCUGGCUCUUCACCUGAAGAAGCGUUCCAACUUGGGCAAGUCAUCAAGUGCCGUGUCCUCCGCUCGAGCAGCGCGGACCAACGCCUCGCCCUCAGUUUCAUCACGAGCUCCGCCGCUAUCGCCGCAGCACGGACUGCGAGUGCAUUAGCGCCGGCGGUAGCCGUUACCGCUCCGGGGGCAGCCGUUACCGGCGAGGUCGAACUGGGCAGCUUGGUUUCGGGCGCGGUUCGGACUGUGGGGGAGAGUAGUGUGAUUGUGGAGGUGGCGAGGGCGACAGGUGGGAGUGUGAAUGGGGUCUUGGCGUUCCAGCAUCUGUCGGACCAUUUGAGCCAGACGGAGGCUUUGAAGGGGCUGUUGCAACCGGGGCAGGCAGUGGAGGGUUUGCUGGUGAUUGACAAGGACGACGUCAAGGGGCUGCUCAUCCUGAGCUGGAAGAAGUCACUCGUGGCCAGGAUGGCGGCCGGGGAAGUUCCCCGGGUGCUCGGAGAGCUGCAGCCCCAGCAAGCGCUCCAGGGCUACGUCGCUAGCUCGACGCCACGUGGCGUCUUCGUCCGCUUCCUCGGACGCCUCACGGGCAUGGCGCCCGUCUCGCAGCUGUCCGACUCGUUCGUCAGCGACCCGGCGGGCCUGUUCACACAGGGUCAGUCAGUGCGCGCGAGGGUGGUGGAAAUGAACGAAAACGUGGGCCGGUUCACGCUAACCACAAAGCAGUCGCUGUGCUUUUCGCCGGACGCGACGUACUUGGAGAGCUACUUUGCAUCUGAGCAGAAGAUUGCCAAGCUCCGGAGUGAGCAGGAGGGCACCUCGCUCGACUGGCUGUCGGCGUACCCGAUCGGAGCGGUCGUAAGCGGAUCGAUCCAGGAGAAGAAGGAUUACGGCUACAUCGUCAGCCUGCCGGAGCACGAGGACAUUGUGGGCUUCAUCACCUACCACCAAGCGGGCGGCGAACUAGAGGUGGGCGCGGACGUCCACGCGCGCGUCUUGGACGUGGGCGUCGCGGACGGCAUCGUAGACCUAUCGGUGCGGCAAGAGGUCUUGGGUGAGGAAGCCACGGGUAAAAAGAAGAAGAAGGCCAAGAAGCCCGCCGCCCCUCCGCUCCCCGACCUGAAUCAGAAGGUCGAGGCGGUGGUGCAGCUCGUGAAGGACGACUACCUGGUGUUCACUCUGCCCCAGUCGGGCAACGCGGUCGCUUAUGCAGCGACCAAGGACUACAACUGGCAAGCCGUGGACCCGCACAAGGCGUUCAAGCCCGGCCAAAAGCUGCUGGGGUCCGUCCAACGGCUGCCAGAGACCCCCCACGACCGCCUCCUGUUGCUGCUGCCCUUCGGAACGGACUCUCUGUACGCGUCCAAGUCUGGGGACGGUUCGGCGAAGAAGGGGACCAAGCCGCCGCGGAUCGAGGUCGGGACUGUCGUGACGGGGAGGGUGACGUCAGUGAAGGCACUGCAGCUGAACGUGGAACUAGACCGGGGGCUCAUGGGCAGGGUGCACAUUACGGAGGUAACUGACGACUACCCUGGCGACGGUGUCAACCCACUCAUGGCCUUCAAGCCCAAGCAGGAGAUCAGCGCCCGCGUCGUUGGUUACGGCCAGACCCCCGCCGCCGACGCUCGGCGCUCUUUCUUGGAGCUCUCCCUCCGACCUUCGGAGCUCCAAAACCCCAAAUGGGAUGAGAUUCGGACCGCGAUUGCGGAUGGUAGCACGCCGGACGCCCACGUCACGGACGCCCGUCUGGCGCCUUUGACCGUGGAUUCGGUGGAAGUGGGGAAAGAGAUCGUGGGUUAUGUGGAGGAGAUUGGCGCGCAUACCGCGAGUCUCGGGCUCUCGACGCAGGUGCGCGGGCGCUUGCACGUAGUCGAGAGCGCGUCGGAGCCGUCCGAGAUGCGGAGAUUCAAGCAGGGAUUUAAGCUGGGCGACCCGGUACAGUGUCGGGUCGUUGCUGCGGACGCCAAAACGCACGCCGUGGAGCUUAGCUGCAAGAGCGGGAAGAAACUAGAGGUGGGAGAUAUUGUCGCCGGGCGGGUGAGCAAGGUACUGCCCGGUAUAAAGGGCCUGCUCGUCCAGGUGGGCAUUCACACCGUGGGACACGUGGCAGUCACGGAGCUGGGCGACCGGUGGCGGGAGCGGCCCCUAGAGGGCUUCGCGACGGGGCAGUUUGUGCGGUGCGCGGUGCUCGACGUGACGGAGAACGCGAGCGGUAACGGUAAUGGGGCCGGAAGCGGUCAUGCGAUCGAGCUUUCACUGAGGGAGAAGCUUGGAGGGUGCGGGGGAGAGGAGGCGAAGGCGGUUCGUGGAGAGAAAGCGGGAGAGGGCGUGGAAGUCCCGAGAGUCGCGGCUGUGGAGGACUUGUCUCCUGGUCAGGAAGUCUGGGGCUACGUCAAGAGCUGUUCCCCCAAGGGCUGCUUCGUUAUGUUGGGCCCCAAAAUCGACGCCCGCAUCCUGAUGGCCAACCUCUCGACCACCUUCAUCGACGACCCCGCCAAGGAGUUUCCCCCGGGUACCCUGGUCCAUGGCUGGGUAAUCAGCGCCGAACCGCUCUCCGGUCGGGUUGAAUUGACCUUGAAGCAAACCGGGGUGAAGGAGGCCCGCGGGGCGCAGUCCAAAGCGGACAUAGCGGAGCUCAAGGAAGGGCAGAUAUUGACCGGGGCGGUUAAGAGCAUAACCCAGUUCGGCCUCUUCGUGAUCCUCGACGGGUCCAGAUUGACGGCUUUAUGCCACGUGUCCGAAGUUUCGGACAAGUUCCUCAAGGACCUGGGCCAGGAGUACGAGCAGGGCGACCGCGUCCGCGCCGUCGUCCGAAAAGUGGACCUGGAGAAACAGCGCAUAUCCAUCAGCAUGAAGAAGUCGGCCCUAGCGGAGGCCGAAGCGAACGGGGGCGGUAAUGGUGCGGAUGAGGCCGGUAACGGCGUAGAGGGUGACGCAUCUGAAGGGGAGGACGAAGGAGCUGCGGAUGAAGAAGAGGGGGAGGGGCUAGGGGAAGGCGAAGGAAAUGGAGAGGAAGAGGAAAAAGCAGGGAGCGAGAGUGAGGAUGCAGCAGCUGGCGGCGGGGAAGAAGACGAAGGGGAGGAAGAAGAGGAGAGCGAGGAUGCGGCGCCUGCGACCAGCUUGCCGCCCCCUCUCGAGGUGACGUUCGACGAUGCGGAAGAUGACGUCAUGGAUGGGGAGAGGGCUUCGAAGCGGCCACGUGACGAGGAGGACGAGGAGGAAGCCGGGCAGACUGCAGAAGACGCGCGAGAGAGCAAGCAGGCACGGAAGCGCCAGAAGCGCAAAGAGCGCGAGGAGAAGGAGGCCGCGAUCGCGCGCGCCGAGGCUGCGCGGCUUCAGGGCGACGCGACGCCGGAGACGGUGGAAGACUUUGAGCGGCUGGUGCUGGCGAGCCCCAACAGCAGCUUCGUGUGGAUCAAGUACAUGGCCUUCAUGCUGGGCCUGACGGAGGUGGACAAGGCGCGGGCGGUUGCAGAGAGGGCGCUCCAAACCAUAAGCUAUCGCGAGGAGGGCGAGAAGCUGAACGUCUGGGUGGCGUAUCUCAACCUGGAGAACAUGCACGGCGCGCCGGACCCGAAGCAGGCCGUGCUCGCGCUCUUUCAGCGCGCGCUUGCGUACACGGAUCAGAAAAAGCUACACGUGGCGCUGCUGGGCAUCUACGAGCGGACGGGGCAGCACGACAUGGCGGACACGCUGUUCAAGAGCAUGACCAAGAAGUUUAACACCAGCGCCAAGGUGUGGCUGCGCAACAUCCAGAACCUGCUGUCACGGGGCCUCUCGGAUGCGGCCAGCAAAGUACUGGAGCGGGCGCUCAAGAGCCUGCCGCAGCGAAAGCAUAUCAAGGUAAUAUCGCGCGCGGCUGUGCUGGAGUUCAAGCUGGGCACUGCGGAGCGGGCACGUGUCCUCAUGGAGGGCGUCCUGCGUAACUACCCGAAGCGGGUGGACCUCUGGAGCGUCUACCUCGACCAGGAGAUCAAGCUCGGGGAUGAGCCGAUUAUUCGCGGCCUUUUUGAGCGGGCCAUCUGUUUGGAGCUCCCGGCUAAGAAGAUGAAGUUCCUAUUCAAGAAGUACCUGGAGUACGAGAAGGAGCACGGGGACGAGGCGUCGGUACAGAAAGUCAAGAAAGCGGCCAUGGAGUACGUUGAGAGCAGAUUGACUUGAGCAAACGUGCAAUUGAACGUACAGAAAAGGUCUCUGUUCUUGGAAGUAAGUCAAAGAGCCGCUGCCAGAAAAUCUCGCGUGACAGAGACAGCGCAGUGCCAUACAGUGCAUACGUGUGUAUGAUUCAAUGCGAAUGCUACAUGAUUGCCGUUUCGAGGCAUGCUCACUGAUGUAGGCUUUGCGGGAUGCAAACAUUCCUUUGUAACGCGUCGUAGCUGUGGCAAACGAUAGGUUUGUAGCCCGUAACAAGAUUACCCAGUAUACAUUGUCAGAAAAGUACACCACAUAUAUACACCCGGG